AUGGGUGGUGCUCGCCGGCUUCUGUUCCUCCUCCCGCUCGCCGCGAUCCUCCUCCUAGCCACGGCGGCCGGCGCGACCGCGGGGGUAACGAGCGGGUACCGGCGGAAGCCGGAGGCGACGGCGGACAUGCCGCUCGACGCCGACGUCUUCCGCUUGCCGCACGGCUACAAUGCUCCCCAGCAGGUGCACAUCACGCUGGGGGACCAGACGGGCACGGCGAUGACGGUGUCGUGGGUGACGGCGAGCGAGCCGGGCAGCAACACCGUCGCCUACGGCCGCUCGCCGAAGAAGAUGGAGAUGUCGGCGCAGGGCACGCAGACGCGCUACGACUACUACAACUACACCUCCGGAUUCAUCCACCACUGCACGCUCACCGGCCUCAAGCACGGCGUGAAGUACUGGUAUGCGAUGGGGUUCGGCCACACGGUGAGGACCUUCUCCUUCACCACGCCGCCCAAGCCAGGCCCUGAUGUGCCCUUCAAGUUCGGACUCAUCGGUGAUCUUGGGCAGACGUUCGACUCGAACAGCACGCUGUCGCACCACGAGGCCAACGGCGGCUCGGCGGUGCUCUUCGUGGGCGACCUCUCCUACGCCGACGCCUACCCGCUCCAUGACAACAACCGGUGGGACAGCUGGGCGCGCUUUGUGGAGCGCAGCGUGGCCUACCAGCCGUGGCUGUGGACCGCCGGCAACCACGAGCUGGACUACGCGCCGGAGAUCGGCGAGGCGACGCCCUUCAAGCCCUUCACCCACCGCUACCCGACCCCGUUCCGCGCCUCCGGCAGCACGGAGCCCCUCUGGUACUCCGUCAAGAUCGCCUCGGCGCACGUCGUCGUCCUCUCCUCCUACUCCGCCUACGGCCAGUACACGCCGCAGUGGACGUGGCUGGACGCGGAGCUGCGCCGCGUGGACAGGAAGGUCACGCCAUGGCUCGUCGUGCUCAUGCACUCGCCCUGGUACAACAGCAACGGGUACCACUACAUGGAGGGGGAGAGCAUGCGGGUGCAGUUCGAGCGGUGGCUCGUCGACGCCAAGGUCGACCUCGUCCUCGCCGGCCACGUCCACUCCUACGAGCGCAGCCGCCGCUUCUCCAACGUCGCCUACGACAUCAUCAACGGCAAGGCCACGCCGGUGCGUAACCUGGACGCGCCCAUGUACAUCAACAUCGGUGACGGAGGCAACAUCGAAGGCAUCGCCAACAACUUCACGAAGCCGCAGCCGAGGUACUCGGCGUUCAGGGAAGCGAGCUUCGGGCACGCGACUCUGGAGAUCAAGAACCGGACGCACGCCUACUACGAGUGGCACCGUAACCACGACGGCGCCAAGGUCGUUGCCGACUCCGUGUGGCUCACAAAUAGAUACUGGAUGCCCACCCACGACGACUUCAACUGAUCCUCACAUCACAGGGAUGCAUUCUGACGAAAUAAACAUGUAGCAGACACAAAUGCCAAAUGGCAUACAUUCCAGCAGUUGUGUAGCUAUCGUGAA